UUGUUUUAUUCUGACCACCAGUGGUUCAUCAUGUUAUGCUGUUUGUUUUAUUCUGACCACCAGUGGUUCAUCAUGUUAUGCUGUUUGUUUUAUUCUGACCACCAGUGAUGCAUCAAGUUAUUCUGUUUGUUUUAUUCUGACCACCAGUGGUUCAUCAUGUUAUGCUGUUUGUUUUAUUAUGACCACCAGUGGUUCAUCAUGUUAUGCUGUUUGUUUUAUUCUGACCACCAGUGGUUCAUCAUGUUAUUCUGUUUGUUUUAUUCUGACCACCAGUGGUUCAUCAUGUUAUUCUGUUUGUUUUAUUCUGACCACCAGUGAUGCAUCAAGUUAUUCUGUUUGUUUUAUUCUGACCACCAGUGGUUCAUCAUGUUAUGCUGUUUGUUUUAUUCUGACCACCAGUGGUUCAUCAUGUUAUGCUGUUUGUUUUAUUCUGACCACCAGUGGUUCAUCAUGUUAUGCUGUUUGUUUUAUUCUGACCACCAGUGGUUCAUCAUGUUAUGCUGUUUGUUUUAUUCUAACCACCAGUGGUUCAUCAUGUUAUGCUGUUUGUUUUAUUCUGACCACCAGUGGUUCAUCAUGUUAUUCUGUUUGUUUUAUUCUGACCACCAGUGGUUCAUCAUGUUAUGCUGUUUGUUUUAUUCUGACCACCAGUGGUUCAUCAUGUUAUUCUGUUUGUUUUAUUCUGACCACCAGUGGUUCAUCAUGUUAUGCUGUUUGUUUUAUUCUGACCACCAGUGGUUCAUCAUGUUAUGCUGUUUGUUUUAUUCUGACCACCAGUGGUUCAUCAUGUUAUUCUGUUUGUUUUAUUCUGACCACCAGUGGUUCAUCAUGUUAUUCUGUUUGUUUUAUUCUGACCACCAGUGGUUCAUCAUGUUAUGCUGUUUGUUUUAUUCUGACCACCAGUGGUUCAUCAUGUUAUGCUGUUUGUUUUAUUCUGACCACCAGUGGUUCAUCAUGUUAUGCUGUUUGUUUUAUUCUGACCACCAGUGGUUCAUCAUGUUAUGCUGUUUGUUUUAUUCUGACCACCAGUGGUUCAUCAUGUUAUGCUGUUUGUUUUAUUCUGACCACCAGUGACUUCCUACUAUGGAUCCUUGCUCAAACCAAACUUUGACUCUAGCAGCACUGGGACGGCCCUUCUCCUGGGAAUGCUGUAUGACUGUCGCAAUGAUCACCUCAUUCCAGGCCUGACGCUGUGGGAUGAGGAAGCACUCAGAAGGAACAUCAUUACAACAGACAAGCCUUUCACCGACUUCAAAGUCAUCACAUCUGACUCUACAGCUGACAAGUUCUCUGUGUUAAAUGUAAACGGCUCUCUCAAAACAAGCUGUUUGGCAGGGCUGGUUAAGGUGGAGGGAUCAGCAAAGUAUUUGAAAGAUGUUAAAGAGUCUCAGAAUCAGGCGAGAGUCACACUUUGUUACACCACUACUA